AAAAAAAAAAAGAAAAGAAAAAAAAGCUAGAGUUCCAAUUGGAGUUGAAUAUCCCCUCCAAAACAUUUAUAAAAAGCCCCACUCUCUUGAAGAAGAGAUUCAGUUUCAACUUUCUAAGAUCCCCCAAAAUUCUCUGAAUCAAUGGCGAGUAGGGAUGACAACAACAUCUAUGAAGGUCCCUCAGAUCCACAACUAGUGAAUCGCCAGCGAUCAAAACAGAACCAGGGGAGGGAAGAAGAAGAAGAAGCACAACUUACAGUAGAGCAGAUCUUUGAGAACAAAAAGGUUCCUUCAUGGCAAGAACAGUUAACCUUAAGAGCCUUCGUGGUGGGUUUGUUUCUUUCAGUCCUCUUCAGUUUCAUUGUCAUGAAACUCAACCUCACCACAGGUAUCAUUCCUUCCCUCAACGUCUCUGCUGGGCUUUUAGGGUUCUUCUUCGUGAAGUCAUGGACUAAGUUCUUAGAAAAGACUGGUUGGCUCAAACAACCUUUCACAAGGCAAGAGAACACCGUCAUCCAGACCUGCGUCGUUGCAAGCUCCGGAAUCUCCUUCAGUGGUGGUUUUGGGAGUUAUCUCUAUGGAAUGAGUGAGACUAUAGCAAAGCAAGCAAUAGAUUUUAAUAACGCUCAAAAUAUUAAAAACCCACAAAUUGGAUGGAUGAUUGGGUUUCUCUUUGUUGUUAGUUUCAUUGGCCUCUUCUCUGUGGUGCCUCUUCGGAAGAUCAUGAUCAUUGACUUUAAAUUGAUAUACCCAAGUGGCACUGCAACUGCACACCUUAUAAACAGCUUCCAUACUCCUCAAGGAGCCAAACUAGCUAGGAAACAAGUCAAGACAUUGGGCAAGUUUUUCAGCUUCAGCUUCUUGUGGGGUUUCUUUCAAUGGUUCUAUACUGGUGGGGAUAAUUGUGGAUUUGAAAGUUUUCCUACAUUUGGUCUCAAAGCUUAUGACAACAGGUUUUACUUUGAUUUUUCGGCAACUUAUGUUGGGGUUGGGAUGAUCUGUCCACACAUCAUAAACAUAUCUGUGUUAGUUGGAUCAAUUCUGUCAUGGGGUGUUAUGUGGCCUCUUAUAGGUAAUAAAAAAGGUGUUUGGUAUUCUUCAAGCCUCGAAUCUAGCAGUCUCCAUGGCUUACAAGGUUACAGGGUUUUCAUCUCAAUUGCCAUGAUCCUAGGAGAUGGUCUAUACAAUUUUGUAAAGGUGCUAAGCCGAACCCUCAUCAGCUUGUCUCGAGAAGUUCGUGAAAAAAGAAAUUCAGUUCUCCCUGUUGCCGAACGCAACUCACCUGCAAGCCCACCUAUGUCUUUUGAUGAUGAACGUCGAACCAUACUCUUCCUCAAAGACCAAAUUCCUUUAUGGUUUGCAGCAGGAGGCUAUGUUACUAUUGCUAUUAUUUCCAUCAUUACACUUCCACACAUCUUCCACCCACUCAAGUGGUACUACAUCUUGGUCAUCUACAUUUUUGCACCCAUUCUAGCAUUUUGUAAUGCGUAUGGGUGUGGUCUCACUGAUUGGUCCCUAGCCUCCACAUAUGGGAAGCUUGCCAUCUUCACAAUUGGUGCAUGGGCAGGGUCAUCACACGGAGGGGUUCUUGCAGGUCUUGCUGCUUGUGGUGUCAUGAUGAACAUUGUCUCCACUGCAUCUGACCUCUCUCAAGACUUCAAAACAGGGUACCUGACCUUAGCUUCACCAAGGUCAAUGUUUGUGAGCCAAGUGAUUGGGACUGCAAUGGGUUGCGUUAUCUCCCCAUGUGUCUUCUGGAUCUUUUACAAGGCUUUCCCUGAUAUGGGUCAAAGUGGGUCACAAUACCCUGCCCCUUAUGCACUUGUAUACCGCAGCAUGGCUAUGCUAGGUGUUGAGGGGUUCUCAUCUCUGCCUGCCCAUUGCCUUCAACUUUGCUAUGGGUUCUUUGCUAUAUCAAUUUUCAUAAAUGCAAUCAGAGAUUCUGUAGGAAAGAAGUGGGCUAAGUAUAUCCCGCUCCCAAUGGCCAUGGCAAUACCAUUCUACAUCGGGUCUUACUUUGCCAUUGACAUGUUUGUUGGAACCGUGAUAUUAUUUGUGUGGCAGAAGUUAAACAAGGAAAAAGCUGAUAAAUUUGGGCCUGCAGUGGCAUCUGGUCUGAUCUGUGGCGAUGGGAUAUGGACUUUACCUAGUUCGAUACUUGCUAUAGCUAAGGUGAAUCCUCCCAUCUGCAUGAAGUUUCUUUCGAGGGCGACAAAUAUCAAAGUUGAUGCUUUCUUAAACUCCUAGUUAAACUGUAUGUCUCUGCUGGAUAAUGUCCUUGUAUUUUUUUCAAAUUGUGCAUGUAGUUUUAGAUUUUAAACAGUAAAUUUGUUGGGACAAGAUCUCAGUUGUUUAUGUACCUAAAACUCCUCAAAUUGAACUGUUAGAGAUUUUCCAUUCUAUCAAAGUUCAUGAAAUGUAAUAUUUUGAAAGCAGGUUGGAUCAUACAAUCAAACAUAUAUGUCAAUCUCCUUUUCUUUUA